AUGUCAUUCGCCGCGUACGCCUCGUUCCCCGUGGACGAGCGGCUAGGCGGCGCUCGUGACGUCCAACUUAUGACGGGCAUCUCGGGCACAGAGUUCAUCUUUGCCCACUUCGUCUUCGACUUCCUGUGCCACUUCGCGUACUGCGCGUCAUGGUGCACCAUUCACUACGCCUUUAGCUUCUACUCGUUAGGCACAGCCGGUGCCAUCGUCACUGCAGCAAGUACCUUCUUUGUUUUGCUGGGUUGGCCAGAAUACACGCAAGUGCUUUUGUACGGCGUGCCUCCAUACGCGCUCCUUUCCCUACUUAACAAGAUAUGGAACAACGAGGACAAGAGCCUGCAGUGCAAGGAACUGCAGAAGGAAGGAAUCAAGUUACCGCGAGGCAUCGGACCGAAUUGCGAUGAAGGUUUGCUGCAGUUCAGCACGGACGGAGUAGGCUUCGAGUUGGCGUUCCUUCUUGCGGAAGGCCUGCUCUUCCUGGCUUAUAUGAUCUUCAAGACGUCGGGCUACUUGAGUGCCGGAGACCCAUCCCCGGGCGAUGAAGCCGCCGCAGACGAAGACGUCGCAGAGGAGGCGAAGAAAGUGGAGACUGCUGUUCAGAAAGGCGACUACGUCAGCAACUCCAUGUUAGUGUGGAGGCUGCACAAACACUUCGGCGCCUUGCACGCCGUGCGUGGAAUCUACAUGGCCCUGCGCCCGUCCGAGUGUUUCGGCCUCCUCGGAGUCAAUGGCGCGGGCAAAACGACCACGUUCCAGAUGUUGGCCGCGCUCAUCAGCGUGUCGUACGGCGACGCGAGCACUGCGGUGGCCAAGCUCAGUGCAAACGCUCGAAGAUGGCAGUCGCAGGUCAGUUACUGCUUCCAACUGGGCGGACUGUUGGACAGACUGAACGCGUACGAGUACCUCUACCUCGUCGGUCGGCUGCGAGGCAUCGUCGACAGUGACUUGAAGCCCAUGGUGGACAGUGUUAUAGCUGUCGUGGACCUCACGGAACACGCCUCGAAACAGUGCGGAGUAUACAGUGGCGGCAACCGGCGGAAGUUGUCUAUCGGCGCUGCACUGUUGGGCCUUCAGCCGUUCAUCUUCCUGGACGAGCCGUACGCCGGCGUGGACGUUGUGUCUCGAAACAAGAUCUUCCGAGCCAUCGCCGAGAUCAAGAAGCGCUCGAAGUCCACUUUCGUGCUCACGUCCCACAACAUGGACGAAUGCGAAUUUUCCUGCGACCGCAUUACAAUCAUGGUCGAGGGCCACAUGAUGUGCCUGGGCACGCUCCAGCAUUUGCGGGAGAAAUUCGGCAAGGGCUUCCGACUAGAGUUCCUGCUGAAGCACACUGCCGCAGCGGACGCGCCCAUGCUGAACGCGGCAGUGCAGCAGCUCUUCAGAGGCAUAGAGCUGAAGCAAUGCCACCAGAACAUUCUGUGCUACCACCUCGUGGUGAGAGUAUACCUCAGGCACGAUGUGAACCUCCUGUGCUACCACCUCGCGGUGAGAGUGCCCUGGAGCGAGAUAUUCACCAAGGUGGUGCACCUCCAGAAGAACUUUCAACUGGAGCACGCUCUGGUGGCAGAGAACACACUGGAGGACAUAUUUUUGAACUUCGCCAAAGCGCAAGAAGCGGCCACAAUGGCCGCUACUGAGAAUGCUGCCCCUUCCACAGCACUACCGAGGCAGUCACCUUACACUGGAGCCCCAGCGUCAGCUGCAGCUCCCACGUCCCCCGCGUGA